AUGGUCCAAGCACCGGCACUCAUUCCUACCUCGGAUGAAGAGGAGGCGGUGGGGCUGGCCAGCAGUGAUGCGUCCGUAUCGAGCGGUGCAGAGAUUUUGCCUGUGCGCACCCCGCGGCACACCUUGUUUGGGAGAGCGCCGCGCAAACGCAUCCCAGCGCGGUUUGCACAGCCUGCGCCGCAGGCUCCGGCGCCGCAAGCUCCAGCGCCGAGCACGCCGCGGCGGCGCAGUUUGCGCGCGCGCAAAAUAACACAGAUUCAUCCAUAUACGCUCGAGGCACUGCGAUACCGCCGCGAGUUGUACAAGAACAAUUGGGAGGACGCAGUGGUUUCCCAGCGCGAAUCACGUCGUCUUGCACUGGCCCAGCACGCCGAGCUUGGCUCGUGGCAUGCACAGUCUGAUGCAGACGACGAAGGUUCUGAGCGUGAGAAUGGCGGCGGCCGUUCGCGGUCGUCCUCGCCGAUCCUCGUUGCACGAUCGCACACACCGGUGCACGAAAUCGCCGCAAGAGCGUCGCCGCAAGCAUCGCCUUCUCCUCCUCACGAAAGCGAUAGCGGCGACAGCACCGAUUAUGAACGGCGUUUCCGGGUGCUUAAACGAAUGAUGCCUGCACGCAUGGCUCGCGCAUGUAUCGACGACCUGCGUGCGAUGCGUCAUGGAGAAGCGUACGACGACGCUGGCGAGGUGCCGCGCCGUGCAAGUCCAUCUGCGGAGCAUGCACUCCGCCCCGGCGAGUCGCGCAAGCGUCGUGGGCACGUUUCGCCCGACGCCCCUCUUAUUUCUGACGCCGACGACAGCACCGAUACAGAGCCAGCAUCGCCGCCGCCGCUCGAGCAAGAAAGUGAUUUGCGCGCCUGGAUGGCGCCAAAUCCACUGUCGCCCCCGCGACGCGAAGUAGAUGCGAUCGAUCAGAUGCUCGUACGUGCUAAAAGCAGUGCGCGUGGAUUUGGCCAGCAGACAAUGCGCAGCACGGCGCAACACGCGAAGGAGCCUGCGCGCCCGAAAAAAAAGCAUGCCGGUGCACAAAUGUACCAUGUGUAUGUACACGGCCAGGAGCGUAUCCAGUCCAAGCGUGGUGACUUGCAAGGUGCAGCGCACGUACCCAUUCUCCCCAGCAAGCCACGGCUGCCUCGCACAGACAUGCGCAAUCAUGCUGCGCUCCUCACCUUUUCCACCCAGCGCGCCAUGCCCACGCUUCCCCAUCCUGUGCCACGCACACAAAAGCGCUCCGUAAAAGUGCCGGCGCCUCUUGCCGGUGUAACACAAGCACCGCCGACACCCCCCGUGCCGGCCACGUCGCCGCACGCGCUCCCGCCCUCGCUAGCUGAUGCACUGCAGGAACUCCACGCUUGGGACACGCUAGCGCAUUUCCAAAUGGACUUUGGCAUAGCACCGCCUCCCCUUGGCAUGCGCUUUGCCACGUUCACGCCGCUUGCGCGCGGACAGCUACACAGCCUUCUGCACCCAUCCUCCUCUAUCCCCGAGCCCUCGACAUACCACUUGUUUGGGCACGAUGUGCAUCUAUCGAGCAGCAUGGAUGAAAUGGAACAAACGCUUCCUGCCGUGUGGGACGCGCUGUGGGACGCAGCACAAGAAUGCGACACGACCAGCCAAGCACACGACCUCUUUUUUUUCCUUGGCGUGUGGCUCACAUGGCAGACGCGCCUUUCCGAACGCCCCACCGUCCAAGACGACUUUUCCGCGCAGCGCGCCGCGACCUAUUUGUGCGACCAGAUUGAAGCCAUAUUUGACCGCGGCAUCGCGCAUCAUGGCACGCGCCUCGCUCUGCUAUGGUUCCGUGUGCAGGUGCUGUGGCGCCUGUAUGCUGCAUCGGAGCCCGAAGUGCGCGCUGAGCAUGAAUUGCAUGUUCUUGAAGCCGCACAGCCCCUCAUGGCCCACCUGCUCGCCGAUGGCAUCCACAAGUGCAUUGAAGCGCUGCGCACGGCACCCGAGCAGACCAGCUACGCCGCACAGCUUUGGAUCAACCUUGCGCACCUGCUUCAUAGCAUGGACGAAAACGGCGCAGCGUUUUGGGAUGUGCUGUGCACUGCACUGGAUGCAUCGAUGCAGCUUGCGCCGGCGUCGGGGCUGCUAUGGGCCGAGCGCGCAUGGUAUGUCUUGUUUGCCGUUCAAGCCCUCGCGCAUUUCGGCGCCGCCGCUGGCGUUGCAGGCUCGCACACUUUGCUCCACGCACACUGGCCGUUUGUGCUAAAGGUACUGCGCAUGACGCGUCUGCGUUUUGACGAGCGCGUCGAGCGCGCCGCGCCGCGUGCGCUUCUUUUCCGGCGCGAUGCGUACAUCCAUAUACUUUUGCGGCGCUGCAUGCACCUCGCAUCUGCAUGGCGGUGGUCGCUUGUGCAUGCCGACGGUGUGCUAGCAUGGCUCUUUGACAUUUUCGAUGCGUACCGUCUCAAAGAUUUGCCGAGCGAGCAAGACCACGAUUUUGCGCCGUUUCUGCGGCGCUUUGACAUUGCUCUGCUGUUGCAGGGCGCGCCGCUCGGCACGGCGUACCACGUUUUUCUCCAGCUGUUGGCCCGCGCCGCGCACGCGCGCAAAGCUGCAUGUAUACCCAGCGAGGCCGACCGGAGCUUAUCGCGUUUAUUUUCGCGUAUGACGCCUGUGCGCAUAAUGCCGUUCAGCCGCACCAACAUACCGACCGCGGCAGAGCGUGCGAUGCUGUUCAACCACUACUCGAUGGUGAUGCUAUUUCUCUACUUUGUUCCAAGCACUGCCGUCCAACGCCUGCGCCAAAUACGCAGUUUUUUAUCCUUCCGUACGGCCGACAGGCUCAGCCAGCUGACGUGCAUUCGCGCCAUGGUGUAUGCCGGCGCAUUAUUCCGGCACCACGCUUUGCCGCUGGAUCCUGUGCUGCAUUGGUUUGUCGAUGUGUGUCGCAUGGCAUGCAGCGAGCACGCCGAGCUCCACGCGCAGGUCCCAGCCGUGGACGCGUUUGCAGCACGGCGCAAUGCCGCGGAGAAAAAAGAGGCGAUCCGCAUUCUUGUGGUCCUCCUGCGUUCCAUACAGCACCUCACUUUGCACGGCUCCCUGGACGCGCAAGCGCCGCCCGCGUUCCCCCCGCCUGGCCUUUUGCAGCCGACGUGGACGGACGAAUUAUUGCGGCACGCGCUUGAAUGCGACCAUGAAGUAGACGUCGAGAUUCUGCGUGUGAUCCGCACCUUUUUGCACCAGCGCGAGGCUGUGACUGCUCCGUUGGUGGCACUGGAAGAAGACGCAUUGUGGACAGACCCUGCCUUGGCUGUAUUGCUGGGGGAAGAUGCGCCGGAUUUAGUGCCUGCGCCGCGUCAUGACGCAAUGGAUUAUGCGCUUGCGCAAGCAUUGCACACGCGCAUAUCUCCGGCUAUUUUUGCCGCCAUGACCAAUACGCUGCAGCUGCAGCCGAAGCAGUCGUCGCGCACUCCCGGGGGCGAUGUCGAAGAGCUGGUGCGCUACGCAAAAGAGGACGAGUGGAUCAGUUUGCUGGUCGAGUGCUGGGCUGGCGCAGCGCACGUCCUUGUGCAGCAUGAUUUGCGCGAUUGGAGUGCGUACUUGACGCUUGGAAAUGAGUCCUGGAAACGACUUGCGGACCCCAUCAAGAAGCGCGAUAUUGCGCUACGGUUCGUGGUCAACAUGGCAAAACUGGAUCCAAGUGCGUACACAGCGCACAGAAUGGAAUGCCUUGCCGUGUGGUUCCAGUGCAUUGCUGCGCGCGACAUCACAUUCCAGCCAUUUCUUUCCGUGCUGCUCAUGCUAGGGCCCGGCGAGCCCCUUGCGCUUUUUGACGGCGCUGCGCAGCUAUUCUGGGACGAACCGGUGCCUUCAAGCCAGCAUGCAGCGCAUUUGCCGCCGCUGGAUACGGGCGAGUUUGUCGCAAAGCGUCUCCAGCUGCUCCAGCGUGUUCUUUGCAAUCUCGGCGCCGUGCAAAAUCUCGGCACAGGUUUUGUGAUUCAGUGUGUCUCCGCAUUGCUUUCCAGCGUGCGCAUCUACUUGGAAACUACGAUUGGAGAAGAGCGAAUAAGGUAUGCGGCGUUUGCGAGCGAGCUUCUUGCAAGCAUUCGCGCACUCGACCCCGUGGUUUUGCGCGGCGUGGGCGUGGAAUUGCACGCCACGGCGCUGUUGGUGCAGGGAAAGUUGUAG